AUGACGAAGAGGAAACUGACCGACUUAGUCUGUUCUUUCGUCUUGCUUGUUUCUUUAAGCAUUAAUUCAUUUGCUAUGGGACAGAAGUCUCCGAACAUAACAAUCGCAGUGGAAGUUGGUGUGAUUCUUGAUGACCUUGAUUCACUCAGUGCAAAAGUUUGGUUGAGCUGCAUUAACAUGGCCCUCUCAGAUUUCUAUACCGGCUCUCACGCUUCCUCUUCCACCAGGGUGGUUUUAAACGUUAGGGACUCCAAAGAAGACACUGUCGAUGCAGCUGCUGCAGCUUUAGACCUGAUAAAGAAUACUCAAGUGCAAGCAAUCCUCGGCCCAAAGUCAUCGAUGCAAGCCAAAUUUGUAAUUGAUCUGGGGAACAAAGCCCAGGUGCCCAUCAUCUCAUUUUCAGCAACAAAUCCUUCCCUCACUUCUAUUCGAAGUCCAUACUUUUACCGAGCCGCACAAAAUGACUCCUCUCAGGUGAAAGCCAUAAGUGCUAUCAUCCAAGCCUUUGGAUGGAGAGAAGCUGUGCCCAUCUAUGUAGACAACGAUUAUGGUGAGGGAAUAAUACCUUACUUGGUAGAUGCCUUGCAAGAAGUUGAAGCUCAUGUCCCAUAUCGAAGUGUUAUACAUCCAGAAGCCACUGAGGACCAGCUUGAUGCAGAGCUCUCCAAGCUAAUGACUAUGCAGACUAGAGUCUUCAUUGUGCACAUGUUGCCCUCUCUUGGCUCUCGCCUUUUUGCCAAGGCACGAGAGAAGGGAAUGAUGGAUGAAGGGUAUGUUUGGAUAAUGACCAAUGGGUUAACCAACCUUUUGAGUACAACAAAUGCUUCAGUCAUCAAUUCAAUGCAAGGUGCACUGGGUGUGAGGACUUAUGUGCCCAGAACAGAAGAAUAUGUCGAUUUUAGAAAUCGAUGGAAAAGGCAAUUCCAAAAGAAGAAUCCAACAAUUAUCGACGCUGAAUUAGACGUUCCUGCACUCUGGGCUUAUGAUGCUGCUUUUGCAUUAGCCAUGGCAGUUGAAAAUGUUGGGACUAAAAACUUUGGCUAUGAAAAGGCUAAUGCUUCCACCAACUCAUCAAAUGAUCUUGAAACAAUUGGGAUCUCCCAAAAUGGUCCAGGGCUUUGCAAAUCCUUAUCAGGUACUAAAUUUAGAGGCUUUGGUGGGGAUUUCAGUUUUGUUGAUGGGCAAUUACAAACAUCCGUCUUUGAAAUGGUAAAUGUGUUCGGUGAUGCAACAAAAAGAAUUGGGUUUUGGACACCACGGAGUGGACUUGUGAAAAAAUUGAACUCGAAAAACACAAGUGAUCCUUAUUCAACUUCUAAAUCCAAUGUUGGACCUAUUAUAUGGCCCGGAGAUUCUACCUCAGUUCCUAAGGGAUGGGAGAUCCCGACAGACGGCAAAAGAUUGAGAGUAGGAGUUCCUGUGGAGAAUGGCUAUCCUCAAUUUGUGAAAGUAGUAUAUGACUCUAGCACUAAUACAACUCAUGUUACUGGCUACGUCAUUGACAUCUUCAACGCUGCAAUGGGCCAAUUAAAGUACAAUGUUGCCUAUGAUUUCUUUCCCUUCGCCAAGCCAGAUGGUACAAGUGCUGGCACUUACGAUGAUUUGGUGCAUCAAGUAUUUCUCGGGAAUUUCGAUGCAGUGGCAGCAGACGCAACAAUUAGAGCAAACAGGUCCUUGUAUGUGGACUUUACCUUGCCAUACACAGAAUCAGGGGUAGUGAUGGUAGUGCCAAUGAAAGAUAGAAAGAGCAAAAGUGCAUGGAUUUUCUUAAAGCCUUUGACACUGAAUCUUUGGUUGACAAGUGCUUUCUUUUUCGUCUUCGUUGGUUCAGUGGUUUGGGUUCUUGAACACCGUAUCAAUGAUGAAUUUCGCGGUCCUCCUGCUCAUCAAGUUGGCACAGUCUUUUGGUUCUCCUUUUCGACCAUGGUUUUUGCACAGCGAGAGAGGGUGAUUGGCAACUUGGCAAGGUCUGUGGAGAUUGUUUGGAUGUUUGUAGUGCUGAUACUAACGCAAAGUUACACUGCGAGUCUAACUUCAUUGUUAACAUCUCAAGAACUUCAGCCAACUUUUACGAAUAUACUCGAUCUUAUAAACAAUAGGGAGUAUAUUGGGUACAAAGAGGGUUCUUUCGUCCGCGACCUUCUGAUAGGCCGUGGUGUUGAUCCCUCCAAGUUACGGCCUUAUACGUCUAGGGAAGAAUGUGACGUAUUGUUGACAAAUGGGAGUGCCAAAGGCGGUAUUGCUGCUGCUAUCGACGAAACCCCCAACAUUAGGCUGUUUCUUGCAAAAUAUUGCAAGAAAUACACCAUGAUUGGCCCAAUUUUCAGAACCGAUGGCUUUGGCUUUGUCUUCCCGAAAGGUUCACCUCUUGUGCCAGAUGUUUCAAGGGCGAUCCUGGUCGUGAAUGAGGGAAAUGAUACAACUGAUGCUGAAAACAAAUGGUUUGCGCCGGAAGGCACAUGUUCAGAUACAUCACCCACCAUCUCCGAUUCCAACAGUCUUGGAUUUGAUAGCUUUUGGAGCCUCUUCCUCAUUGUCGGGGUCUCCGCAUCUUUAGCUCUUCUCAUAUUUGCAGUCUCUUUCUUUAAUAGGCAUUGGCAUAUCUUCAUCGCGACAAGAGGUGACUCUGUGUGGAGAAGAUUUAUGGUUAUGCUUAGAACUUUUGAUCAAAGAGACCUUAGCUCCCAUACUUUUAGAAAGAGUAGUGGCUCCCGAGAUAGAGAAACCUACAAUUUUGGAGCUACGGCUGUCGAGGAUUCACCAGACAGUUACAGCACCUGCCCACCAAGCCCUGCCUCAGGCCUUUCAGACCACCCAGAAAUACAUAUUACAGCUGAAGGAGCUCAGCCACGCAUGGGUGAACAGAACAGGUCCGAGGCUCAAACUUCAGACAGAGUUCCGCAACAGCCAGGAGAAAUCCUUCGGACGCCGUGACGUGGGUUCCGAAGCAAACUUAGUUCUCUUGUGUAGUUUAUUUGAC